AUUUAAGUUCUACCAACUUAUCACUAACUACCUAUACCACUAUAUAUGUAUCACAUGCUUCUCCCUUUCCAAAGAGUGAAUGAAAAUCACUAUUAAGAACUGCUAUCACAAGAAUAGGUUACAAUACGUUACAUAAACGGAUAAAAUGUCAUUCCAUCAAUUUAGUAAAUUUACCGGCCGUUUAAGACAGGCAACACAAUUACAAGCUCUUUAUCCAUUGUCUCCAAGACCAUUAGAAAAAAUAGAAGCACCAAAACUGAUGUUUGAUAGUAUUAAAACUACGGUAGCAUCUACGUCAUUGUCGAAACAGCAUUACUCUACAAUACCUUCAAAAAUGAAGAAAUUUCAACAAGAUUGGCAGGCAAACGAUGCACCAACGUAUCUUAUUAGAGGUACAUCAGAUAAACUCAUUUAUUAUUUUUGCAUUGUAUGUACUGUUAUAUCAACUGGUGUGAAUUUAUAUUAUACAAGCGAGCUUGUAAAGAAAUUCAAAUAAAAAACUAAUAUAUAUUA